UACCCGGAAAGAGCAGUGGCGUGCAUUAGACAACAGCGCGUGAGAUGGGAGAUGCACUGAAUGAAAUGUUGUAAGGGAUAUUCAACGUCAAAUAUUUAUAUUUUUUGUGCUAUUUGUUUAUUAGGAUGUCGGCGUCUGCUAUAUUCAUCCUGGACCUUAAAGGAAAGGUGUUGAUCAGUCGUAACUACAUGGGAAACAUGGACAUGAAUGAGGUCGACCACUUCAUGCCCAUUAUGAUGAGGAUGGAGGAGGACGCAGACUCAUCGCCCCUGGUGACACACGGCUCCGCCCACUUCCUGUGGAUCAAACACAGAAACCUCUACUUGGUGGCAAUGACCAAGAAGAAUGCCAAUGCAGCCCUGGUCUACUCCUUCCUCUACAAAAUGGUGGAGGUGUUUAAGGAGUACUUUAAGGAGCUGGAGGAGGAGAGUAUCCGUGACAACUUUGUGACGGUGUAUGAGCUGAUGGACGAGGUCAUGGACUUUGGCUUCCCUCAGACCACAGACAGCAAGAUCCUGCAAGAGUACAUCACCCAACAUGGUCACAAACUGGAUGUGGGCGCCCCUCGCCCCCCCGCCACCGUCACCAACGCUGUGUCCUGGAGGUCGGAGGGCAUCAAGUACAGGAAGAACGAGGUGUUCAUGGACGUCAUCGAGUCCGUCAACCUACUGGUGAGUGCUACCGGCAGUGUCCUGCGUAGUGAGAUUGUGGGCAGCAUCAAGCUCAAGGUGGUCCUAUCUGGGAUGCCUGAACUCAGACUGGGCCUCAACGACAAAGUGCUCUUUGAAAUCACAGGACGAGAGAAAAGUAAGACGGUAGAGCUGGAGGAUGUCAAGUUCCAUCAAUGUGUCCGUCUGUCCCGUUUCGAGAAUGACCGCACCAUCUCCUUCAUCCCCCCCGACGGAGAGUCCGAACUCAUGUCCUACCGCCUCAACACCACGGUGAAGCCUCUGAUAUGGAUUGAGAGUGUGAUUGAGAAGUUCUCCCACAGCCGAGUGGAGAUCAAGGUUAAGGCCAGGAGUCAGUUUAAGAGUCGCUCCACUGCCAACAAUGUGGCCAUCAUGGUACCUGUGCCCAGCGAUGCAGACUCGCCCAAAUUCAAGACGAGCACAGGCAGCUGCAAGUAUCUUCCCGAGAAAAGCGAGGUGCAGUGGAACAUCAAGUCCUUCCCUGGGGGGAAAGAGUACAUGAUGAGGGCUCACUUUGGUCUGCCUAGUGUGGAGAGUACUGAGUUGGAGGGGAGAAGGCCCAUCACUGUCAACUUUGAGAUCCCCUAUUUCACUGUAUCUGGUAUCCAGGUACGCUAUCUGAAGAUCAUUGAGAAAAGUGGCUAUGAGGCCUUACCAUGGGUACGCUAUAUAACACAGAGUGGAGAUUAUCAACUCCGGACAAACUAAGGGCGAGCCUGCUGCUAGACAAAUAGAUCGUCACUCUCUCCCUCUCUCUGGGAGUGAGGGACAACAGAGGACAAGGAAAGGGGAACAACUUUCACCACUGUCAAUUCUCAAAGGACCAUGUAGUCAUCUUGCAGACAUGAGGACCUUCAAGACUCAAUUUCCCUUCAGAACUCGACUGUUGUCACCUUCGACCUUUGCUGUGUUACAUCAUCUGGAGAAACAUGUUUUAUCUUUUUAGAAUAAUGAACCUAGUGGUUUUCUUACUGGUCACAUUGUAAACAUUUGUAUAGUUGUAUUUUCUUCUUAAAGCUGGAAGAAUUCAGGACAUUUAUGAUCUCUGAAGUGUGAACGUUGAAACCUGUGUACAGCACUGAUAUAAAAUUAUAUCUGGUUGGUGUGGAUGCUAGCGGUUAAUGUUAUCUUGGGGCCAGCUGUAAGCAUAUAAUCCCCACUGUGUCCAAUGAGAUGAACACCAAAAUAAUGAAUAGGCCUGCAUAAUAUCAGCAGCUGUGUAUUACCAUAUUGUUGUCACAGUUCCUAGACAUGUGCUUGUACUCAGCUGACGACCAGGAGGAAAAGGCUGAAGGAAUUCUCUGUGUGCAAAUUACAAUUAUGUAGUGUUUCUAACAGUCUUGUGAUACAGACACAUUUAACGCCUCGAGGAAAAGCCACGAUCAAAAUAAGUAAACCGAUAAUACAGGUGGUCCGAUAUGAAGAGAAUGUUGUUUAGAUAGAUACAGUGCCUUGCAAAAGUAUUCGGCCCCCUUGAACUUUGCGACCUUUUGCCACAUUUCAGGCUUCAAACAUAAAGAUAUAAAACUGUAUUUUUUUGUGAAGAAUCAACAACAAGUGGGACACAAUCAUGAAGUGGAACGACAUUUAUUGGAUAUUUCAAACUUUUUUAACAAAUCAAAAACUGAAAAAUUGGGCGUGCAAAAUUAUUCAGCCCCUUUACUUUCAGUGCAGCAAACUCUCUCCAGAAGUUCAGUGAGGAUCUCUGAAUGAUCCAAUGUUGACCUAAAUGACUAAUGAUGAUAAAUACAAUCCACCUGUGUGUAAUCAAGUCUCCGUAUAAAUGCACCUGCACUGUGAUAGUCUCAGAGGUCUGUUAAAAGCGCAGAGAGCAUCAUGAAGAACAAGGAACACACGAGGCAGGUCCGAGAUACUGUUGUGAAGAAGUUUAAAGCCGGAUUUGGAUACAAAAAGAUUUCCCAAGCUUUAAACAUCCCAAGGAGCACUGUUCAAGCGAUAAUAUUGAAAUGGAAGGAGUAUCAGACCACUGCAAAUCUACCAAGACCUGGCCGUCCCUCUAAACUUUCAGCCCAUACAAGGAGAAGACUGAUCAGAGAUGCAGCCAAGAGGCCCAUGAUCACUCUGGAUGAACUGCAGAGAUCUACAGCUGAGGUGGGAGACUCUGUCCAUAGGACAACAAUCAGUUGUAUAUUGCACAAAUCUGGCCUUUAUGGAAGAGUGGCAAGAAGAAAGCCAUUUCUUAAAGAUAUCCAUAAAAAAGUGUUGUUUAAAGUUUGCCACAAGCCACCUGGGAGACACACCAAACAUGUGGAAGAAGGUGCUCUGGUCAGAUGAAACCAAAAUUGAACUUUUUGGCAACAACGCAAAACAUUAUGUUUGGCGUAAAAGCAACACAGCUCAUCACCCUGAACACACCAUCCCCACUGUCAAACAUGGUGGUGGCAGCAUCAUGGUUUGGGCCUGCUUUUCUUCAGCAGGGACAGGGAAGAUGGUUAAAAUUGAUGGGAAGAUGGAUGGAGCCAAAUACAGGACCAUUCUGGAAGAAAACCUGAUGGAGUCUGCAAAAGACCUGAGACUGGGACGGAGAUUUGUCUUCCAACAAGACAAUGAUCCAAAACAUAAAGCAAAAUUUACAAUGGAAUGGUUCAAAAAUAAACAUAUCCAGGUGUUAGAGCUGUAAUCGCAGCAAAAGGUGGCGCUAAAAAGUAUUAACUUAAGGGGGCUGAAUAAUUUUGCACGCCUAAUUUUUCAGUUUUUGAUUUGUUCAAAAAGUUUGAAAUAUCUAAUAAAUGUCGUUCCACUUCAUGAUUGUGUCCCACUUGUUGUUGAUUCUUCACAAAAAAAUACAGUUUUAUAUCUUUAUGUUUGAAGCCUGAAAUGUGGCAAAAGGUUGCAAAGUUCAAGGGGGCCGAAUACUUUCGCAAGGCACUGUAUGUUCACUUUGUUUCCUAUGUCAAUGUGUCCCCACCAAACAUACACCCAACUUUUCCAAAGCAGGUAUUGGUUGGUAUGGUUACAUUUACAUUUACAUUUAAGUCAUUUAGCAGACGCUCUUAUCCAGAGCGACUUACAAAUUGGAUGUUGUGUGUGCAAUGCACCACCCCUCAUAUCAGUUCUGGUUCUCUAUGCCAGGGAAAUAGCUCUGGUUUGCUGUGUGUAGGCCUACUGUAUGAAAUCCAGACCUGGUUUCAAAUACAUGUUUAUUUGAGUAUUUGUUAUUUAAAUACUACUUUUCUGUAUAUUUGAGUAUUUUCAAAUGUGGUGAAUCAACUUUUUUUCAAAAUACUAUUUUCAAAUACCUGGGAUAGAUAGAUGCAUGGGAGUAUAUUUGAGACGGUCUAUUUGAAUAUUUUGAAAUACUUUCCAAGUGUAUUUCCAAAUAUUCUAAUAUUCAACUACUUGUUUUUCCAAAUAAAAAAUAAAUACUUACUUCCAAAUGUCUUUGAAAGUAAUUGAAAUAGCCUAAAUAGUAUGUGAACCCAGGUCUGAUAAUCUCAUAUUAAACCAUCCAUAUAAAAUGGCUGAUUAUGAGGAACAGGACAAAUAUGACUACACUCGUCCAGAUAUUCUCUCUAGUGGGGUUUUAAUGAUUGAAGACCACAAUCUAUUAAUAUCUUAUUUAUUAACCUCUAUGUCAAUGGGAGACAAAGGGAUCUAGAAAUAAAUAAAUUACUUUGUACCUUA